UUCAGAUAGGUUGUGAUUAUAUUUUGUGAUGGCAGUCUUAUUCAUCUGAAAUAAUGAUCUGUAAAUCCACUGGUGGCUCUGGUUUUAGCUUCACUUCCAUUGUAAAUUGGCCAGGCAAUCUGAUAAACAUAGUGACAUUUUUAUCGUGAAGAUGCUAAUAUGUUGAUUUUAAGCAGUUAAAAACUGUAUAAUGUGCCAACAUUAGUGCCAAGCACAGUAAUGCAUUUUAAAUUUAAUUCUUCUGAAUUAAAAUGAAAUUCUUUAGGAUUGAUGAUUGUUGGUGGGUCAUAAUUAGAUAGCCUGCAGCAGGGCUAAAAUAUUACAUUUAUGGGCUCGAAAGCAAAGGUGUUAAAAAGCAAACAAACAACAAAAAAAACAGUGACCCAGUUAUUCUGAAUAAUUUUCAGACUGUCAACAGUAGUGAAGUGCUUCCUACCUGAAAGUCUUUGGAAAACCAUCCUACUGUUGCACACCAGCUUGUAAAAAAAUUUAAUUAACAUCAAUUUAAAAAAUAUUUUGACAGCAAGACUUCACCAAAAAAGCUGUUUUUGAUGGGAACAAAUAAAUACAGAAAAGCUUUGAGUCUGUCAAGUCAAGUCUGAUUGGCUCUCAAUCCUCAGUUAUUGAGAUCUUCAUUGUCCAUCUGCAGUAAAUAUUAUCAACUGGCCUGGUUAAGUCAAAUUUCCACUCAGCUGGAAGAUAUAUGUUGAGGACUGAUGGCAAAGAGUUUGGAGGUUUGGAAACCAUAACACCAUUUUUUUGGUAAGAUUAUGGCCUCUCAGUCCUGUGAUAAAUUUCUAUUUCAGUCAUUUUCUCCAUUACAAAUACAGAUUUUAUGGGCAAGUGUUUGUGCAGGUUUUUAGAAGAACAAAAGCUCCAUACAGCUAGGUUCAGACUGAGUAUGCAGUUCCUGAUGUCUAGGCUUGAAGUGUGCGUGAAGGAGACUUAAUGAUUGCAAGUUUUUAAAGCUAUGUAUGAAGUGCUUCAUUAAAAUUUACAGCCAUGAUGCAUGUGACAAACUAAAGAGAAGGGCCAAAUCCUUCUUGAAGGGCAAUAUAAGUACAGCCAUUGUCACAUUUUAAUAACUUUAACCAAAGUGUGUUUCUAUUUUCAAACCGACUGUUGGAAAAUUGUGUUUCUGCCUGACUAACUUAGUAAUUUCCUCUCUGAAAAAAACAAACAAACAAAACAUCAUGUUGAUUUGAAAUGGAAUGGGUUACGCUGUUUAUUAGCAAUACUGUAUAUCCUGCCAAUUACAAUAAUGAAAUGGCACUGAUAUGCAAAUAAUGAGCAUUCACAAUACACUGAACUUUACUAGUUCAGACAUUCUUUAGAGGUUUCCAAGGCUCACCCAAACCACAAAGUUAAUAAAAGGCAUCUCAUUUGAUUUAUCAUUGCACAUAAUAUAGUCAGAUAUAAACAUGUACUUACCUGCCUUUGCCUGUAUAAGUCAUGAUCUCUAGUGAUCCCUUUACUUUAAAAUCUUUUUUUAGUUUUUACGCAUGAACACAAAGAUGAAAACACAAAAAUAAACUUUGAAACUAGCCUAAAGAUAAUUCAAAGCAAUUGUCACAGUGAUUCUACGGUAUAAACAGGAAGAAAUGGAGGCUGUGAGCUCAUCGCUGCCUUUGCUGCCUGUUGAAGUUCAGGCUCUGGCUGCUGGGCUGGGGUCAGCAUGCACUCAGCUUUAUCAUCAGUCUGGGUUCAUGGCUAGCUUUGUGUUAGCAUGCUGUCUGUACAGAAGCUUGCAAAGAGCUGAAGUUCUGUUAGCAGUACAAUGCAGUUGCUUCUGACCUGGAUGUGGUUUGUUGCACUCUGGUCCUGAUAUCAGCUGACUGUAGCAAAAAUGUGCAGGGAGAAAAAAGCAUGUUUGGUUGAUUUUUUUUUCUUUCUAUCUGCCUGGCAUGCAAAUAACUGAAGAAGAUUUUUAACACAAGAUUGUAACACAAGUAACAAGAUUUGUAACUGUAAUGUGAUUACUGAAUUUAGUACAGCAACGCGUUAAAUUACUGUAUUUAUGAAAAGGCAAAUGUAAAACACAGUAAUGUGUUACUUUGGAAAGCAUUAAAUCCAACACUGGCUAAAACAAAGCUUUUUAAUCUGACUUUGUUGCAUCUGACAACAAAAAACAAAACGAAACAAAAAAUAAUUUAAUAAAUCUAGCUCUCUAAAUGCUGCGCUACAUUGUAAAAGUAAGAUUCAGUGAGAUGGAAAGGAAAACCAUUAAGAACUGUAAUUAUUUUUGUUAACUUUAUUCACAUCAUCAUCAUAUGUGGACACAAAUAGUAUCAAGACAAAAGUACUGAAUAGCCAAUUUUAAGUCGAAUGUUGAACUUCAGCUCAUCCCGUGACCCUGAAUCGGAUAAGCAGAAGAGAAUAGAUGGAUGGAUAGAAAAAAAAACUACCUUGAAGCUUGUUCUGUACUCUGCCAUUUCAAUCUGCCACGAUUCUUGUAUUUGCAGGUUCAUGAUGCUGAGUCUGGAGUUUCACCAUUCUUGUCAUUACGACUAUGUGGAAGUCCGAGAUGGAGACAGUAUCCACUCCCGUGUUAUCGGUAGAUACUGUGGGAAUAACAGACCUGCACCAGUUCACAGCUCUGGCAACAGUUUGCAUGUUCUCUUUGUGUCUGAUGGUUACAAGAAUUUUGAUGGAUUCUUUGCCACUUUCCAAGAGAACUCAGCUUGCAGCUCUUCCCCUUGCCUGCAUGAUGGGACAUGUAUCCUAGACAGUUCUUACUCUUACCACUGUGCCUGUCUGGCUGGUUACACAGGCAAGAGGUGUGAAAAUGUGGUGGGCUGCCGCAGGCCUCCGGUGCCCACCCACGGAUCUACAGAGGGUCUGUUUCAUCACUCUGGUGCUCGCAUCACUUUUCGUUGUGACCCUGGGUUUGAGCUGAAGGGGUUUCGUCACGCCAUCUGCCUGAGUGACGGAACAUGGAGUGCGCCUGCUCCCGACUGUGUUCCAGUGGAAAGAGUCUGUGCUCUGCCACCCAAGCCAGCCAAUGGGGACCACUUCUUGGUUUAUGGGCCCAAUGAUGUUCUCAUUGCACUACAGUACUUGUGCCACCAGCCAUAUGAACUCAGCGGGGGCUCUCAGAGAACCUGCCUCCCCAAUAACACCUGGAGUGGGACUUCUCCUGUUUGCAUUAAAGUGAAUAACACUCUUAAUGAAGCAGAAAAGGACAAAGCAAAAGAAAAGGGAACAGAGACAGAUAUUUACAGUAACAAAGAUAUCAGUAAACCUAAAGAGAAAGAAGAAGAGAACACAACUCGCGAAAACGAAAGUGUUGCUGGAAAAGAUGUAAACACUGAGCGGGAGAACACAACAGCAGUCGACAGGGAAGAUAAAUAUAAUGGGACCACUCCUGGGAAAACUGUGGUUGAGGGCAGGAAUGAGGGAGAGCUAGAUGAGAGAAAUACUGGCCCAGAGAAGCCAUCUGGAGGUGGGGAAGAUAAAGUGACUAGCAAAAGCCCAGAUAACAGCCUAGAUUACAUGGUUGAAGAGAAAGAACCAAAACAACCUGAAAGAAAAGAAGACACAAACUUUGACAAGGGAAAGACAGAUGUUACAGAAAUCCCUGUCAUAAAAGACAAAGGACAGGAAGAAAGUGAAAGAAAAGAAAAACAGGUGAAUGGGAAAAGAGAUCCUGACAAAGUGGGCCCCAAUGACACCAAGCUCAGGACGGUCAUAUCUGAGGGUGAAAACACAGUGGAGAUACCUGAACUGGAAAUGACAAAGAACAACACUGUUUCACAUGAUACCAAGAGCACAAGUAAAGAAAAUAAUACCAUAGGGUCUCUACCGCCAGGGAGGAAAAUAAUUCCAACUCAUGUCAACAUCACGCUGUACAGAGCAGAAAGUGGGAAACCGAAGGAGAAAUCAACAACUGCGAAGGAUGAAAAGGAGAAGGAUUCAACUGAGAAAACAAAGGAGGAGGUGGAAAGAGAGCAGAAAGAAAAAGAGAAAGAAAGGGAGCGAGAAGCCAACCAAAGCUUCACCGAAAAAAGCUGCCCACCUCUGCCUCGCCUUUACCAUGGCUACCACCAGGUGGUGCCAGGUUUGGAGCCUGAAACAGUAGAGUUCAAGUGCAAUCACUCUUAUGCGCUCAGUGGUGAUGUCCGACGCACAUGCCAGCCGGAUGGCACAUGGAGUGGCAAACAGCCCCUCUGUAUCAGAGCAUGUCGUGAGCCUAAAGUCUCAGAGCUGGUGAAACAAAAAGUUCUGCCCCCUCAGGUACCAUCCAGAAAGACACCCGUGCACAAGCUCUACUCCUCAGUCAUGGGCCAGCAGCCACAGUUGCACAGUCCCACUAAAGUCCCCCUGGUGCUUUCGCAGUUGCCCCAGGGUUUCCACCAGCUCUACACGCAUAUAGAAUAUGAGUGUGCAUCUCAAUACUACCACCACUUUGGCAGUCCACGUCGGACUUGCUUGAAGACAGGGAAAUGGAGCGGGCGCCACGUCUCCUGUUCACCAGUGUGUGGGAAGCAUCCAACCUUUGACACAGAGAGGCCAGAAGAGGCUCACUGGCCUUGGCUGGCUGCCAUCUACCGCCGCUCCACCAAGGGUACAGAGACCAAGGUGACCAAGGCAGACAGCCAGGCAGGGUCCCUGAAGAAGGAUGGUGGAGCAGGAACUGGCAAACACAAUCAGGCUUUUGACUGGCAGCUAGUCUGCAGUGCAGCUCUGGUUAACCAAAGAGUUCUGGUCGUAGCUGCUCACUGUGUGACAGAUCUGGGCAAGGUUUUUCCUCUGGACACUGCCACAAUAAAGGUGGUAGUGGGGAAGCACUAUCGUGAUGAUGACAGGGAAACCAAAGGUCUUCAACACCUGCGGGUGGCCUCCAUUGUUAUUCAUCCAAACUAUGAUCCCAAUAUUCUUGACUCUGACAUUGCUGUGAUCAAAUUACUGGACAAGGCAAGGAUUGGAGAAAAAGUCCUGCCUCUCUGCCUGUCAGAAAACCAGGAAGAAGAUUUGACAUCUACUCAAGGACUUGUGACCGGCUGGUCUCCAAUGCCCGAGUCAAAUUUAGGCCCUGAUGAGAAGGCUAGGGUUGGGCUCGUUCACCUUGCUGAUGUAGUCCCAUGUGAGCAGCAAUACGCUCGUAAUGGUGUGCCAGUCAGUGUAACAGACAAUAUGCUGUGUGCCAGCCAAAAGCCUGACUAUGGACCAUCUAACAUAUGUCCCUCUGACACUGGGGGAAUUCUUGUCCUCCCUGCCCUCUCUGAGAAUCAAGUCAAUGAUAACCGAAAGCCUGGUUAUGCACAGGCGCAAGGGGAGAGCAAAGGGCUGUGGAGACUACUGGGACUGGUGAGCUUUGGCUAUGACCAAGGGGAAUGUGAUCCUGACCUCUACACAGUCUACACACGUGUAGCCAGCUUUAAAGACUGGAUUGAGAGCAAUAUGAAAUAAACAUCUUACAGUCCACUCCCCUGCUUAAUCUCUAUUUUAGUGCAUUCAUUCUGUCUAAUCUAUUUUUAUGCACAAGGGCAUUUUCCUACUAAACGCAGAAGCAACACUGGACAUCACAGUGCUCAAACUGAAGGGGGUGCUAGCACAUUAGAUGUGCUGAUGCAUCGGCCCUUUAUCUGAAGACUUUAGUGUUCAGGUCAUUCAACCUGAGAUCAAACACUUGAAACUGAUAAGAAAACCAUUCAUCUGAGUAUUUGACUGUUAAUGGUUUGGACUGUACCCUCUGUUAUGUAUAUAUGUUGUAAUGUACUGAAUUAUUAUAUCAAUUCAAGCAACUCCAGAGAUGUACAUAUUUUAUUGAAAGAGAAAAAUCAUGACAUUUUUAUUAAAGGAAAGGUUGGUGUGGUGAAGCUUGU